AUGUCGUUCUUUGGGUUUGAUACUUCUAUACCAGGAUCUGGCUCUCAUGGACAUAACAAUGGCAGCAAGAAAUCUUCAAAAUCCCGUAAACAUAGUACCACCCCAUUGGAUUUCGAAGAUACUUACCGUGGGUUAGGUGAAUAUGAGCAAGAAGAGGAUGAUUAUCUUAAUGAGGAAACCUUUGGUGGCGCUGCUGACACGGAAUUUACUACUGAAUUUGACUUUGGAUAUGGAUCUACACCUUCUUCGAAUAACACUCCUGUAGUUUCAAAUACUAAUGUUAAUGGAAGUAUGAACUCUCAUACAAUUUCUAAUCACUCUUAUGCCUCCGCUGCUACUUCAGGGGCUUCCCACCAACAACAAAUUGAUCAAGCAGUUGAUUUGAAACCUAUGGAAUCCUUGUGGGGACCUGUUGGUGGUAAUGCCCAUUCUAGUACCUUAGCAAACGUUGGAUUAGAUCCUAAUGAUAUUCAACAACAACCCACUGGUACAGAACAAGCUCUGUCUCUUGAAGAAAUUGAAAGACAACAACGUCAAAUGCAACAAUUGCAUCAAAUGCAACAGCAACACCAGUAUGCAAUGCCUCCUCCAGGGUUCAUGCAACAACAACAACAGCAGCAACAACAACAACAACAGCAGCAACAACAACAACAGCAGCAACAACAUACUCAGCCACCUCAACAACAACAACUUGGCGGUCCUUUUCCACCUCAAUUUGCUCAUCCCCAAUUCCCACAAAUGGGUGGUAUGAUGAUGAUGCACCCUCAACAUCCAAUUGCAAUGCCACCAAAUAUGCAACAACAACAACCUCAACAACAACCCCAACUGCAACCUCAUCAGCAACAACCUCAACAGCAACAAUUGACUGCUUUGCUACAACAACAAAACCAACAACAGCAACACCACCACCAACAGGCUCCAAACUUGCAACACCAAAUCCAACCUCAACAUGUCCAAACCCACCAACAACUUCAUGGUGGAGUAGUCCAAUCUCCUCAACAAUUACCUCAACAAUUGGUACAACUUGGUAUCAAGAAUGGUCAAUUAAUCCCAACCCCACCUCCUGAUUCUCCAAAUGAUUCAUUGAAAUCAACUUCUUCUCGUGGAUCCCAAAGAAGAGAACCAUUAACUGCUGAAGAACAAAAACGUUUACAAGCCCGCCAUGCCAAGGUUGAAAAGAUUUUGAAACAUUCAGGUUUAAUGACUCCUCGUGAUAAAGAUUUUAUUACUCGUUACCAACUAUCUCAAAUCGUUACUGAAGAUCCGUACAAUGAGGACUUUUAUUUCCAAGUUUAUAAGAUUAUUCAAAGAGGUGGUGUAAUUGGUGAAUCAAAUAAGGAUUUAAUUGCUCGUGCUUAUUUGGAACAUUCUGGCCAUAGGUUAGGAGGCCGUUAUAAACGAGCUGAUGUUGCGCUACAAAGAAUGCAAAACCAAGUUGAAAAGGCUGUUACUGUGGCCAAGGAAAGACCACAGAAGAAUAAAGAUCACGGUAGUGCUGCUCGGGAAGGUGUUCUUGGUAGAAUUUCUACUUCAAUGAAUAGUAAGGCUCCACGUAGACAAUUACAAAUUCCAUCUCAUAUCGUUAAUGAUGAUACCGUGAUUAUAGAUGAAACUGAAAAGUCUUCUAAUCACUCUUCUACUCCUGACCUUGAUGAAGUUACUCGUUCUUUAGACAAUGUUGGUAUUACCCAACAUUCUAGAACAAGAAGAAGAUCAUCGUAUGCUUUUACUUCUGUUGAUCGUAGUUCUGUUUUGUCACGUUCUGGUGGUAGAAAUUUUGUUCUAUCUUCUAUUGAAACUAUAUAUGAAGAAGUAUUGGAAUUGGAAGCCCAAUUAAGAAGCGGUAAAUCUACCGAUAACAGCGCACUAUGGGAUGCUUUACAUAUUGGUGAUGAAAGCUUCGAAGUUUGUCCAUAUAUUUCAAUGUUAUCGUUUGAUAAAGGUGUUAAAAUCAUGCCACGUAUUUUUAAUUUCUUGGAUAAAGAACAGAAAUUGAAAUUAUUACAAACAUUCUUUAGUGAAUUAUCUCAUUUAAAUAUUAUUAUCAUCAGUUCGUAUAAGACCAAUCCUGAACCAACUGAUAAUCAAUUAAAGAAAAUUGAUUUAUUCCAAGCGGUUUUCUUAAAGAUUAUUGUAUCCUUUUUAUCUAAUAGUGCCAAUUUUAUUGAAAUUAUGGGUUUAUUAUUACACUUAAUCAAGAAUAAUAAUGUGUCAUUUAUCUCUACCUCUAAAAUUGGGUUAAAUUUAAUCACAGUUUUAAUCUCUAGAGCUGCAUUAAUUAAGCAAGAUAUCAAUAGAUCUAAUGUCUUGUCGUCACCGGAAAUUUCUACAUGGAAUGAAGUUUAUGAUAGACUAUUUACUAAUUUGGAAACGAAAUUGUCGCUGGUUUUCCCACCAAAGGAAUAUAUUCAACACAUUAUUAAAAUAAAUUCUUUACACAACAAUAACAAUAAUAAUUUGACUACCACUAAUAGUAGCACCCCAUCAUUAUCUAGUAGCCCUUCUAUCAAUAAUUCAUCUAAUAGUGAUGGUAAUGGGAAUAACUUCUAUGAUCAAGCUUAUAUUUGGCAAUUCUUGGCUUCAUUAGCCUUGAGUGGUAAGUUAAAUCACCAAAGAAUAAUUAUCGAUGAAAUAAGAGAUGAAAUUUUCGGCACUAUCAAUCUUGCUGAAGAAUUGGGGAAGAUUGAAGAAACUCAAAUGGUCAAUUCAAGAGUGUAUGGGAAACAAAAACUGUAUCAAGAUUUAAAUUUAUUCUUAAAUGUUAUGGGAUUAGUGUCAAGAGAUGGUGAAAUUACUGAGUUGAAAUAA